AUGGACAUAGCAGCGAGAAGAAAGAAUGUCUCAAUUGCAUGCGACGCAUGCCGAAGCAGAAAACGCAAAUGUGACGGCACCCUUCCCAUAUGUACAGCAUGCUUGGAUUGUGAGAAACAAUGUACCUACAGCGAAGACAAAAGAUCGUCAACCAAACGCCGCCAAUAUGGUGGUCAACGUGUGCAGGAUCUCGAGGAUCAAGCUGCUACCGCUGGACCGGCACCAGUCACAACAAUGACAAGGAUCGAUGGGACGGCCACAACUCAAGAGCUCAUGAAUACGAUCCACAAAGAGCUCGAGGACAGUCAAAGAGAGCAGGAGUCUAUCACGCCGGAUCAUGCGCUGGCGGUUACAGACAACCUGAAACGACUGCCGGAUGCGCUUGAAGACUUGUCUCAUAUGCUUUGGACUCUCGACGUAUUGGAUUCUGGAGAAACAUAUUUCAAAGGACCCUCCGGAAACUUUUGUUUCUCGGCCACGAAGGCGCCGCCACAAAUCCAACAUAACGUCAAGCAAGAAAUCGCUGACGUCUAUGUCACUUACACACUCAUGAGUCAGCAUCUGAGAGAAAUGCUUGCCUUGUUCAUGAAACACGUAAAUCCGUUCUAUCAAUUCCUAGACGCAGACGGUCUCUCACAAGUGACAAUCGAGCCCAGCAUGCCCCUUCCUUCGCAACUCUUGUAUGCUUCUGUCAUAUCAGCAGGGGCAUUGUUUACCUCCGAUCCUCACGCCCGCAAUAGUGGUCGGACCAUCGCAGCAUUUGCGGAGAACAUUGCAGUUACGUGUUGCAGAGAUCACCCGUCAAUCACGGUCUUGCGCGCCCUAUCUAUCUUGUCGUGGAUGAACACAGGUCUUGGUAACGAUAGCAUGGGCUAUAUGUUCAAUCAUAUGGCUAUGUCAAUGGUCGUUCAUCUUGGGAUACACGCCACGUCGUUACCAGAACUCAAACCGAGAAAAACCAUCGACGAACGAACACAAUCAACUCGUGUUAGGGCGUUCUGGUCAGCUCUGCAGUGUCGGCUAUGGUAUAUCACCGAUCAACACAUGGACCAGAUCUACUCCUUCGAAUUCGGGAGGCUUGAUACUACAAGCAAACAUCGUCUUUUGAUCAAUGCCCGCGAUGCUUUGCUCGGGUUCCGAAAAUACAUGGCAGAGUCUGCAUUGCCGAGCUUACAGGAUAGCACAUCGGCUCAGAAAGUGUUACAUCUGGCUUACCACGUGUCAUUGAUCCUCGUCCAUCGCCCAUUUUUGCACGCUGAUAAUGAUUGGCAGACCAGAUGCUUUGCCCUACGAACAACCACAACGGCUGCUGAUGCCUCGAGCAGAAUAGUCAAAAUGCUCAUUGCGUCUCCCAAAUGUUCAAAGUUGCCUUACUUUGUCAUACAUCACGUCUUGACCGUUGCCUUGGCGCAUUUGCUCAAUGCGACAUGUGAUGACAGUAGGGUAAGGCAGAGGGCGGUGACCGGAGUACGCGUCUGCCUCAAAGCGCUCGAGAGCCUGGGUCAGACAUGGGGAAAUGCCGCCGCACGAAGUAUAGUCGAGAUCCAACGACUCGCUGCCAAGUGGAAAAUAGGAUCCAUACUGCCAAGGCACCUCGAUCGUCCUUUUGAACAAGCAAGCCAGGACGAUCUACCAUCUGUUGCAGCAUCUGAUGACUCCGAGCGAGAUCCCUACUCCGCCACAUCCUCCGACAGCACGUACCUGGACCAAAUCAAUAACACUGAGUUUUCCGAUGCUUUGAGAGAUGGAAUCAACAUCUAUGGCCAAGACUGUCCCAAGGCAAAUGACUAUGCUUUAUGA